GCCCCUCCGCCUGUUUCCAAGCCUGGGCUCUUUGGAGUGGCUGACGCUGUGGAGCGCUUCAGGAGCCUGUGAAUGAACCCUCCUCCUCUCCCUCCUCCUUCUCGCCGAGUCUCCUCCUCGGCUCUGACGGUACAGUGAUAUAAUGACGGUGGGUGUCACAACCCGCAUUUGAACUUGCAGGCGAGCUGCCCCGAGCCUUUCUGGGUGAAGAACUCAAGGCGCGCGGGUGCAGCAGCUGCGACCAUUAGGUGCUGCGGACAGGCGCUGGGACAAGGAUCUGCGGCUAGCAGCGCAUCCUCCCUCCUCUCCAGCUCCGUCCUGCACUCGCCGCAUCCUUCCCCAGGCGACCGCGCUUCCUAUGUGAUCUGCCGGGGCAACGCCGAGUCCAUCCUCACAGCUCAGCGGUGAAUUUCCCCCCAAACUGCUGUAAGCCGCCUUUCAAGGACAAGAUGUUGAUAAAUUUGAAAGGCAUCUUAUGGAUGUGUUCAACUUUAUUAUUAGCCCAGGCACUACAUAAAGCCAAAAUGGAAACAAGCCCACCUGUUAAAGGCUCUCUGUCUGGAAAAGUGGUCCUACCUUGUCAUUUUUCAACCUUGCCUACCUUACCACCCAAUUACAACACAAGUGAAUUUCUCAGAAUCAAAUGGUCUAAGAUGGAAGUUGACAAAAAUGGAAAAGAUAUAAAGGAGACAACUGUCCUGGUGGCCCAAAACGGGAAUAUCAAGAUUGGUCAGGACUACAAGGGGCGAGUGUCAGUGCCAACACAUCCCGACGAUGUAGGUGAUGCCUCCCUCACCAUGGUUAAACUCCGCGCCAGUGACGCAGGUGUCUACCGCUGUGAUGUCAUGUAUGGGAUUGAAGACACUCAAGAUACCAUGUCACUGUCUGUGGACGGUGUUGUGUUUCACUACAGAGCAGCGACCAGCAGAUACACCCUGAACUUUGCUGCUGCUCAACAGGCCUGUUUGGAUAUCGGGGCGGUCAUAGCAACCCCCGAGCAGCUCUUUGCUGCCUAUGAAGAUGGAUUUGAGCAGUGUGAUGCAGGAUGGCUGUCUGAUCAAACUGUCAGAUAUCCCAUACGGGCUCCCCGAGAGGGCUGUUACGGAGACAUGAUGGGGAAGGAAGGGGUUCGGACCUAUGGAUUCCGCUCUCCCCAGGAAACCUAUGACGUGUAUUGUUAUGUGGAUCACCUGGACGGCGAUGUGUUCCACAUCACCGCUCCCAGUAAGUUCACCUUCGAGGAGGCGGAAGCAGAGUGUACAAACCAGGAUGCCAGGCUGGCGACUGUUGGAGAGCUUCACGCAGCUUGGAGGAACGGCUUUGACCAAUGCGAUUACGGCUGGCUGUCUGAUGCCAGCGUGCGGCACCCUGUGACUGUGGCCAGGGCCCAGUGUGGAGGUGGUCUACUUGGGGUGAGAACCCUGUAUCGUUUUGAGAACCAGACAUGCUUCCCCUCCCCUGAUAGCAGAUUUGAUGCCUACUGCUUUAAACCUAAACAGAAUAUAUCAGAGGCAACCACCAUCGAAAUGAAUAUCCUCGCAGAAACUGCAUCACCCAGUUUAUCCAAAGAACCACACAUGGUACCUGACAGAGCUACACCAGUCAUUCCAUUAGUCACCGAAUUACCUAUUUUUACCACACACUUCCCUCCUGCAGGAAAUAUAGCCAAUUCUGAACAGAAAUCUGUAGUCUAUUCUCAGGCUAUCACAGACAGAUUAGUCACUGAAUCACCCACAGCUGCUGGGAAUACCAUCAACUCUUGGGAUGUGGAUGAUUACUUACCUUCUGGAUCAGGACCACUUGGAAAGCCAAGCAUAUCUGAAAUUAAGGAGGAAGAACUCCAAAGUACAACUGCCAUCUCCCAACAUGCUACUGGCUCACAGGAUGGAAUUACAGAGGAUAUGCAAACACAUGAAUCAGUUACACAGAUUGAACAAAUAGAAGUGGGCCGCUUAGUAACAUCCAUGGAAAUCACAAAUCACAUUUCUUUCAAGGAAUUGCCAGGAACCAAAGCACCAAUCACAAAUCACAUUUCUUUCACGGAAUUGCCAGGAACCAAAGCACUCUCUGAAUCCACAGAAGUCACCCUUGAACAUAAGACUGAAACGCCAACAGUAAGCACCAGUCCUGAAUUGACAACCACAAGUCACUAUGGAUUCACCUUGAGAGAAGAUGGUAGAGAAGACAGAACACUGACAGUUAGAUCUGGUCAGAGCACCCAGGUUUUUAGCCAAAUUCCCGAAGUCAUCACAGUAUCAAAAACAUCAGAAGACACGACCUACUCACAGCUAGGGGACUUAGAGUCCACUUCAACAUCAACAGUAGCCAUGCUUGGUACAGAGAGACCAUUGAUAGAUAAAGAGAAAGAACCCAAAACUAAUGGUAAGAUGACUGAAGAUGAGUUUGGUCAAUCACAGCCUUCAACCGCCUUCCCAUUACAGCAUCUUACAGAAGUAGAAUUGCUUCCAUAUUCUGCUGACACAAUAUCAGUAGAGGGAAUGUCCACGGUUAUUUAUCCAUCAUUACAAACAGAUGUGACACAAGGAAGAGAGAGAACAGAAACACCCAAGCCAGAGUUGAAAAAAGAACCUUACACAGUUGAUGAGAUAGUAGAAAAGAUCACCAAAGAUCCAUUUAUAGGUACAACAGAAGAAGGCUUCUCUGGAAUGCCUCUUUCUACAUCUUCCUCAGAGUCUUCAGUGGAAAGGAUGGAAUCUGUUUCCCCAGCAUUAACAAUUGAGAUGUUAACUUUGAAGCCAACAGAAGCAAGAGAUGUGGAAGAAAUGACAAUCCUGACUAGAUUAGAAACAGAUGUUACAAAGUCUGACAAAGAUGUUACAAGAGUUCAUUUGACCCACAGUACUUCAAAGGUGGAAGUGGUCACAGUAUCAAAAUGGCCAGAGGAUGAAGAUAAUACAACUUCAAAGCCUUUACCCUCAACAGAACAUGAGGUUUUUACAAAAUUGCCUCCUGUAUCACUUAGCACUAUAGGAAUAAAUGGAAAAGAUAAAGAAAUCCCAAGUUUCACAGAUAGAGGGGAUGAAUACACUCUUUUCCCAGAUGGUACCCCAAAACCAUUAGAAAAGGUUUCUGAGGAAGAUUUAACAUCUGGAGAGUUUUCAGUUACAUUUCAGACAUCUACAUCCAUUGCCAGUACAGAAAAGUCAACUUCCGGAAAGCCUACAACUGGAGACAUUUUUCUGCCCACCACAAGCACAGAAGACCAGGCCAUCAAUACAACUGUGGAAGGAAGUGCUUUGAGUGAAGAUACAGAUACCUCCAAGCCACUAUUUACUGGUCCCCCAUUUGUCCACACCUCCGAUGUGGAAGAACUGGCGUUUGUUAAUUAUAGUAGUACUCAGGAGCCCACAUCUUAUGUAGACCUAUCCCAUACUACUCCUCUUUCUAUAAUUCCCAAGACAGAAUGGAGUGAAUUGGAAACUUCUGUUCCACUAGAAGAUGAGGAUCUAGGCAAAUCUGAUCAAGAUAUCCUUGAACAGUCUCAUCUAGAAGCAACCAUCUCUCCCAAAGCUUUAAGAACAACAGAAGUCUCACAGGGAGAAACCCAGGAAGAACCACAAACCCCAGGAAUCCCAUUUCCUGCUUUCAGUUCUACUGCAGUUAUGACCAAGGAGACAACAGCAUUUGAAGAGGGGGAGGGAUCAACAUAUACUCUCUCUGAAGACAGAUUGAUGACAGGUUCUGAAAGAAUCCCAGGUUUAGAAACAACUCCAGUUGCUAUAUCUUAUCCACCUGGUGCAAUAACAGACCAGGAAGUGGAAAUGGAUACAAUGGUAACACUGAUGUCAACCAUUAGGCCAACAGUAAUUUUAAGUACAGAGCCAGAAAUAAUUUAUGAAGCAGAAGGUAGUAGUCCAACGGAAUUUGCAUCGACUCUGAGGCCCUUCCAGAGUCAUGUCACACAACUUAUGGAAGAAACUACCGUUGAAGAAAAAAAGACAUCCUUAGAUUAUACAGAUUUAGGCUCAGGGUUAUUUGAACCAAGAGCCACUGAGUUCCCAGAUUUUCCAACAGCUCCAAGUGAAAUCAGUGUCUUUACUGCCAGUGACAGCCUUCACAGAACGCCACCCUUGAGGCCAUUUUCAUCAUUGACUGAGGAACCACGUGUCUCUGAGAAGGAGCCCAGUGAGAAAACAACAGGUGACGUUAUACUUUCUAGAGAAUCUGUAACACAGCCCCCUCUGACAACUCUCAUUGAUACUGUAGCCAAGAAAACAGAAUCUGACAUUGAUCACAUGACCUCAAAGCCUCCUGUAACACAGCCAACAAGACCGUCAGUUGUGGAAAGAAAAACAACCUCCAAACCUCAAGAGUUGUCUACUUCACCAUCCCCAGCAGGGACCAAAUUCCACCCUGACAUAAAUGUUUAUAUUAUUGAGGUCAGAGAGAACAAGACAGGUCGAUUGAGUGAUAUGAUUGUAAAUGGUCAUCCAAUAGAUUCAGAAUCUAAAGAAGAGGAACCUUGCAGUGAAGAAACAGAUCCACUGCAUGAUCUGUUUGCUGAAAUUUUACCUGAGUUAACAGAUUCCUUUGAAAUAGACAUAUACCACAGUGAGGAAGAUGAAGAUGGAGAGGAGGACUGUGUAAAUGCAACCGAUGUGACAACUACUCCAUCAGUGCAGUACAUCAAUGGGAAGCAGCUCGUUACCACAGUGCCCAAGGACCCAGAAGCCGCAGAAGCUAGGCGUGGCCAGUAUGAAAGUGUUGCACCUUCUCAGAAUUUCUCAGAUAGUUCUGCAACUGACAACCAUCAGUUUAUACUGGCAGAAACCAAAUUGUCAACUACCACGCAAUUUAACAAAUCUAAAGAUGCCAGUGAAUUGUUAGAAAUCACAUGGAAACCUGAGACUUACCCAGAAACACCAGAACACUUUUCAAGUGGUGAGCCUGAUGUUUUCCCUACACUUUCAUCCCAUGAUGGUAAAACCACCAAAUGGUCAGAGUCCAUCACAGAGAGCAAUCCAAACCUUGAGAAUCCAGAGCACAAACAAUCUAAGCCUAUACCUCUGCUUCCUGAAGAGUCUUCAGGAGAGGGUGCCAUUGACCAAGCAUCCCAGAAAACAACCUUUUCUAGGGCUACAGAAGUAGCACUUGCUAAAGAGACAGACCAAAGUCCUACCAUAUCUACCUCUAGCAUACUUUCAAGUUCUGUGUCAGUAAAUGCCUUGGAGGAAGAACCAAUUACUCUAACAGGAAUCUCACAGACUGAUGAAUCCAUGUCUAAUGUGGAAAGCUGGGUAGAGAUAACACAUAGCCAAACAGUAGAGUUCUCGGGGAGUUCUUCACCUCCUGUUAUUGAAGGGUCUGGGGAAGUGGAAGAAGAUAAAAAUAAAAUCUUCAACAUGGUAACUGAUUUACCACAGAGAGAUCCUACAGAUAGACUCAUCCCCUCCGAUAUGAGCAAGGUAAUAGUCACAGACCACCGCAUUUAUAUUCCUGCAACCACCUCUUCUUUGGAUUCACAACUACCUUCUGCAGAUGCAAAGCCUACACAAUUUGGAAUUCAAACAGCCACCUCUGAGUGGGUUUCUGGUACAUCUUUUGAAGGAAGGAAAAGAGAAGAAGACAAGGAGGGAACUGUGAAUGCAGCCCACAGAGGGGAAGUCCAAGCAGCAACAGAGAGGUCAGACCACUUACUUUUAGCCCCAGAAUUAGAAAGUUUAAAUGUAGCUGCAUCUAGUGAUCCAGCUACCUGGAAAGGUUUUAUGCCAGAGACUACACCUACAGAGUCUGAAAAGGCAAUGGCAAAUUCAACUCCUGUUUUUAGAGAAACAAAUGAUGUAGUCAGUGUGGAGGCACAGCCUUGGGAGCAUAGUAGCAGUAGUCAGCCCAGGGUCCAGGAAGAGCUGACCACUGUCUCAGGAAAGCACCCCUCUCUUUUCAUGGACCUGGGUUCAGGGGAUGCUAGUACUGAUAUGGAAUUCAUCACGGCUUCUUUAUUAAAUGUAGAGUCUGAAACCAAAGUAAGAAAAGAAUUACUCAGCACUCCAUCUCCCAGUAUGGGGAUUUCAUCCUCUUUUGAGCCAACAGGAUUAAUUCCAAGUACUGUAUUAGACAUAGAAAUUGCUGGAGUUAUGAGCCAGACAUCCCAGAAGACACUGAUUUCUGAAAUAUCAGGAAAGCCAACUUCCCAGGCAGAAGUAAACGAUUUAUAUACAGGUUUUCCUUUGGGAGAAGAUUUUAGUGGUGACUUCAGUGAAUAUCCAACAGUGUCUUAUCCAACAGUGAAAGAGGAAACAGCGAGGUUGGGAGGCUCUGAGAAUGAACGACUUAGGGAUACACAGAGUUCAUCAUCUAUACCGCCUACCUCAGACAACAUCAGCCCAGUGCCUCACUCAGAAGGACUUGGCAGUACUGUGGUCAGUACCACAGCCUUCCCCUGGGAAGAGUUCAUGACCUCAGCUGAGGGCUCAGGUGAGCAGCUGACCUCAGCCAGCAGCUCUGUUGGUCCAGUGCUUCCACUAGCUGUGGACAUCUUUUCUGGUACAGAGUCUCCAUAUUUUGAUGAAGACUCUGAAGAAGUGGCUGCAGUGACAGAAGCAAAUAAAAGAUCCACUGCUUUGCCAACAGCAGCAAGUGGAAAUACUAUAGAUCCGACAGAAAAUGGGGACAUAGACAUAAAUAGUUCAAUGUCAGUGGACUUUCCCCAGACAACAGAGCCAACCAAAUUUUGGUCUAAACCAGAAGUCGAUCCUGAAAAACAAGAAAUUGGAAUAGAAACAGUAACACAGGAUAAAGCUCAGGGACAAACGACUUUUGAAUCUCUCCAUAGUUCUCUUGCACCAGAACAAACAAUUUUGGUAACCCAAUCUCUUAUUGAAACUGAAUUCCAAACUCCAGAUUACUCUAUGUUAACAACAAUGAAAAUGUACAUUCAUAACAAGGAAGUAGAGGAGGAAGACACGUCCAUAGCUCAUAUGUCGACUACAGGUCCAGGGGUCAAAGACGUGGAAUCACAUACUAGGCAUCCUGAAGCUACUGGAAAGGCACACACCGCUUUAGUGACUGAAACUGGACCAGCUAGAAGUGUAGUCUUGGAUUCCUCAACUCAAGAGGAGGAAAGUAUAAAACUCUUCCAAAAAGGCACGAAACUAACAAAUAAAGAGUCAAAUACUGAUCUCUCAUUUUCUGGACUGGGAUCAGGAGAGGCUUUGCCUCCUUUACCUACAGCAUCAGUGAGUUUGACUGACAUGGAGCGGAUCAUUAGCACAUUGUAUCCUGAGACGUCUCACAUGGAAAACUUAGGAACAAGCAUCUUCGGUGACAAAGUAGAAGACCAUGAAAGAAUGGAAGAUGCAUCAAAUGAAGUUCGAACACUCAUUUCCAAAAUAGGCAGCAUCUCUCGAAACCACACGGAGGCGCCCAAUGCAACUUUGAGUGAUACUAAAACAGAAGAACCUACACCUUCAACUCUUCCUUUUACAAAGCUUGUGGAUGUGAAACUUUCUCCAGAGCAGACCCUCAGGUGGGAAGAGGAAAUCCAGACACAUAGAAUGCAAACUAUGAGUAGACAGAUCUCUAAUGAAAAUUCCUCAGCAUCAGAAGCUGUAGCAGCAGCAACCUCCCCCACUGCUUUAGUGCCUCAAACUUACAGUGUUGAAAUGACCAAACCCUUAGCUACAUCAGAGUCACAAACAUCUGACUUAUUUAAUGUAAACUCUGGAGAAGGAUCCGGAGAAGUGGAUGCUCUUGGCUUUGUGUACGCCUCUGGAACUACUCAGGCAAGCAGUCAAGGAGACAGCACAUUAUCUUCUCAUGGAUUCCUGGAAGAGCAUCCAGAGGUGUCAAGGACUGAGGCUGGAGCUACUGAUGGAUCUCCAACAGCUUCAGUGAUGUUCCUGCAUCACUCAGAGUACGAGAGGUCCCCGUAUCCAACUAGCACAGUGCCAAGCACAGUGUCAUAUAAGAGUACCUCAGAAAGUACUGCAGAUGGUUUGCAAGACCAUAUCAGUUCUACCUUGAAACCUAGCAGAAGAAAAAGCACUGAAAGUAUUAUUAUAGAUCUAGACAAAGAGGAUAGUAAGGACUUAGGAUUGACAAUUACUGAGAGUGCUAUUGUUGAAAUUCUCCCUGAGCUGACAUCAGAUAAAAAUAUUAUUAUAGACAUUGAUCACACUAAACCUGUAUACGAGUACAUCCCAGGAAUACAAACAGACCUAGAUCCAGAGAUAUCAUUGGGAUCACAUGGCAGUAAUGAAGAAAGUCUUCAAGUUCAAGAGAAGAAUGAGGCAGCUGUCAACCUUUCUCCAACUGAGGAAGCAUUUGAGAGCUCUGGUGAUGCACUUAUUGCUGGCUACACUCAAGUGAUGUACAAUGCGUCUGUGACUCCCAGUAAUGGAAAACAGGCAGAUGACAUAGGCUUUAGUUUAGCCACUGGGAUUCCAGUUUCUAGCACAGAGACAGAAUUAGAUACUUUCUUCCCCACAGUGUCAACCCUGCACAUUCCUAGUAAGCUAACUACAGGCAGUCCAGAGAUUGAUAAAUCCAACAUUGAAACAAUAUCUCUGGAUGAUAUAUUUGAAUCAAGCACCUUAUCUGAUGGCCAAGCUAUUGCAGACCAGAGUGAGGUAAUAUCAACAUUGGGGAGUUUGGAAAAAACUCAGGAAGAAUAUGAAGAAAAGAAAUAUGGAGGUCCUUCAUUUCAGCCAGAAUUCUUCUCAGGAGUUGGGGAAGUAUUGACAGAUCCUCCUGCUUAUGUAAGUAUUGGUAGUACAUACUUAAUGGCUCAGCCUUUAACAGAAUUCCCCAAUGUGGUAGAACAAUCUGACUCCACACAUUACACCGAAGCAACACCUGCAGUUUCCUCUCUGGCGGAGCUCUCUCCUCAGACACCAUCUUCUCCCUUCCCUCUCUACAUAGACAGGGAAGUCUCUGAAUUCCCAGAGGUUCCUCACACAAGUGCUCCACCAGCUCUUCCUGCUGCCUCAUCACAACAGUCAAUAGAGGGUCCUUUUAAGGAAGUCCGUGCUAAUAUUGAAGCUACCAUCAAGUCGUUGGGUGAAAAUAUCCACAGAACAGAGCCUCCAUCCACGUCUCCUGACCCUGCUUUAGAUAUUUCAGAACAUGAAAGUAAGACUAAGUUACUAGAAGAACUGGAAACGUCUCCCACAAAAACUGAGACUUCCCAAGACUUCCCAAACAAAGCAAGUGAAACAGCUGGAAUGCUUCCUGGUAUCAGAACAACAGAGAGUGAACCCGUCAUUACUACUGCAGAAGACACGGAGCCAGGAGGUGCCACACAGAGGCCACAUUCUGCUUCUGCUUUUGCAGCUUUCAGAGUUGAGACAGGUGUGGUGCCUCAGCCCAUCCCACAGGAGCCCGAGAGGCCAACCUUUCCUUCCUUGGAAAUUAACCAGGAAACACACACAUCAUUAUUUGGAGAAUCUAUACUGGCAACAUCUGAAAAACAAGUGUCGCAGAAAAUUCUUGAUUACAGUAACCAGGCAACAGUCAGUACUCUGGAUCUAAAUACCGCACAUUCAUUACCACCAUUUUCCAUUCUGGACAAUUCUAAUGAAACUGCUUUCCUGCUUGGCAUUAGUGAAGAGUCCAUAGACGGCACAGCAGUGUACCUACCAGGACCUGAUCUCUGCAAAACAAACCCAUGCCUCAAUGGAGGCACCUGUUAUCCUACCGAGACUUCCUAUGUGUGCACCUGUGCACCUGGAUACAGUGGUGACCAGUGUGAACUAGAUUUUGAUGAAUGUCACUCUAACCCUUGUCGGAAUGGAGCCACGUGUGUGGAUGGUUUUAACACAUUUAGAUGCCUCUGCCUUCCAAGUUAUGUCGGUGCACUCUGUGAACAAGACACUGAGACAUGUGACUACGGCUGGCACAAAUUCCAAGGGCAGUGCUACAAGUACUUUGCUCAUCGCCGCACAUGGGAUGCUGCUGAAAGGGAGUGUCGCCUGCAGGGUGCCCACCUCACAAGCAUCCUUUCUCAUGAGGAACAAAUGUUUGUGAACCGUGUGGGACAUGAUUACCAGUGGAUUGGCCUCAAUGACAAGAUGUUUGAACAUGACUUCCGCUGGACUGACGGCAGUGCAUUGCAAUAUGAGAACUGGAGACCCAACCAGCCAGAUAGCUUCUUUUCUUCUGGAGAAGACUGCGUUGUGAUUAUUUGGCAUGAGAAUGGUCAGUGGAAUGAUGUCCCCUGCAAUUACCACCUCACCUACACCUGCAAGAAGGGAACAGUUGCUUGCGGCCAACCCCCUGUUGUAGAAAAUGCCAAGACCUUUGGAAAGAUGAAACCACGUUAUGAAAUCAACUCUUUGAUUAGAUAUCACUGCAAAGAUGGUUUCAUUCAGCGUCACCUUCCAACUAUCCGGUGCCUAGGAAAUGGGAGAUGGGCAAUGCCUAAAAUAACCUGCAUGAACCCAUCUGCAUACCAAAGGACUUAUUCUAAGAAAUACUUAAAAAAUUCCUCAUCAGCAAAGGACAAUUCUAUAAACACAUCAAAACAUGAGCAUCGCUGGAGCCGGAGGUGGCAGGAAACGAGGCGUUGAUUCUUAACAUGGCGAACAUAUACUUCCUUCACCAUUUCAGCCAAAGCCCUGCCUUUCCGUGCCUUUCCUAUCACCUCAAGAAGAAUUAGCAGUUGGUUUGGAUUUGGGGACUGCCGUCUGGUCAUUUGGGGUGGCUGUACUCUUAAAAUAUUUUCAGUGAAACAUGGAAUUUUGAAAAAGUGAAUAAAAUGAAAGAAAAUGAGCGAAGAAGAGAACCAUUUUCAGCCUAUCUAAUUUCUUUAGUUUUCUCUCUCUCUGCCUCCAGUGCAGAGUGUUUCCUGUACACCAGCCUACUGUACUAUUUAAAAAUUGCAAUUUCAGCACCGAUGGCCGUGUAAAUAAGAUGAUUUAAUGUUGAUUUUAAUCCUGUAUAUAAAAUAAAACAUCACACUCGGUUCAGGCAUAUUUAAUGAUGACUAUGACGCUUUCAAGAUCUCUAAUCAUUGGUUUGGCUGCUAUGCGAUAGUUUGCUUAGGCUGGAAAUGGUUUUGUCUACCCUUUUACUGUCAGCAAGUUUGAGGACGGCUUUUCUGGACAACCAGCAAACAGCAUCUUGCAGGUCUCUGCACGAGUGUCGGCCACGGGAGCCACGCUGAUGCCUGGCUGAUUCCCGGCUGAUGAAACUCUCGGAGCUCCAGGGUGUAACUCUGCUUUGCCACGUUCCUUUUUCUUCACUUACACGAAGCGCCUGAAUGGAGGACUUUUCUAUGACCUGGAACACUUUUUUUUAGGGGUCAAAUUGCUAAAUAUUAACUCAACCGGGUUUCCUUUACAAUGGCUUUCUUAACACUAACGCUGGUAAGGUAACAGAUCAAGGUAUUUGGAAUGGAUAGAGACCAAGGGUUGUGGAGGGUGGGGGAGAGGGUGUUUCUUAGAACAACAACAAAAAAACCAUUUUGUACAUAUAACCAUUUUAAUCCUUUAUAAAAGUUUUGAAUGUUCAUGUAUGAAUGCUGCAGCUGCAAAGCACACGUAAAUAAAUGAAGUAAGCCAUACGGAUUUAAUUUAUUGGAUGUUAUUUUCCCCAAGACCUGAAAUCGAUGUAGUAUGCUAGUAAGUUUUCAGUGUUAGCUUUUAUAUUUUCUUCAUAGUUUGAAACCUUAUAAUAUAGGUACUCCCUCCCAAGUGCUUAUUACAGAGAAUGGAAAUGUGUUUAGCUAUCCUUAAGUGGUAUUUGCCCAUUCCAAGCAAGCAUAGAUGUGUAGAACAGUGUGGCCAUUGCUAAUCGUUAGAUAGCAUGUAUGUAUUGAAGUUUUCACCUCACCCAUUUACCCCUUGCAUUUGAAUAGUGGUUGCUGAAGAUGACGUCUGAAUCCUUAUCUAGGUCUUUUAAGGCUCAAAGUUAAAACUGCUCACAGAAAGAAGGCAUUUAAGGCUCACCGGUUCCCUUCAUUGAUAACAACUUACAGAAAAAUUACAAAUAAAAUGUGAACAGAAGCAAACUUUGAAAUGACACAACUAAGCAAGCAUUGAAGCACCGUGCGGUGUCCCAUACGUAUGGGCAGACUUUGUGUUUUAUACAUCAGAUCAAAGUAAAUACUCAGCAAAGAAGAGUAGAGGAAGAGCAGACUGGGGUUGGUCCUAUGUUGAUUGUUUCUCAUGAAGCCUCCUUUGGCUUAGAGGGAAUGACCGUGCUCACUAGCGUGUCUUAGUGUCUUAGGCAAGGUCCUAGGUCUCGGCAGUCAAUGUAAUCCAUCCUAUGUGUUCUAGAGCACAGAAAAUCACUGUGUUGACUUACUAGGGCUCUUUUCAUUACAAUGCACAUAAUACUUCCCUGUAUUUAUAUUAUAACAUGUAUAGUGUAAAAUGUGAAUGACUUUUUUUGUGAAUGAAAAUCUAAAAUCUUUGUAACUUUUUAUAUCUGCUUUUGUUUCACCAAAGAAACCUAAAAAUUCUUCUUUUACUACAUUGUGACUUGUCUGUUUAUUUCCACCUUU